ACAGCCCUCUUAGUAGGUGAGAUGGCAGACGCAGGCUUAUCCCGGGACUGCAAGCGCUUCACUGUGACAAAGAGCUGGGCUUGGCUACUGACCCGGCUCAUCCCAAGUGAUGCUCUGCACUGGUUUAGAGAACUUCUUCCUUCUCUUCUUACACUCCGUCCCCUCUGCCUCCUUCUAGAAGCCACCCAGAGAGCUACCAUGUCUGGGCACCUUGCACCUCCCUCCGAAACCAGCAACAACAAAACGUCCAGUCUUCGAAUGUCAGAAAAGAAAUGCUCAUGGGCCUCCUACAUGACCAACUCCCCCACUCUCAUUGUGAUGAUUGGUUUGCCAGCCCGGGGUAAGACCUAUGUGUCUAAGAAACUGACGCGCUACCUCAACUGGAUUGGGGUGCCCACCAAAGUGUUUAAUCUCGGGGUGUACCGGCGCAAAGCAGUCAAAUCCUACAAGUCCUAUGACUUCUUUCGGCAUGACAACAAAGAGGCCAUGAAGAUCCGCAAGCAGUGUGCACUGGUGGCGCUGAAAGAUGUCAAGGCAUAUCUGACUGAGGAGAACGGGCAGAUUGCGGUGUUUGAUGCCACCAACACCACCAGGGAAAGGAGGGAUUUGAUUUUAACCUUUGCAGAGCAGAAUUCCUUCAAGGUAUUCUUUGUAGAAUCUGUCUGUGAUGAUCCUGAUGUCAUUGCUGCCAAUAUCAUGGAGGUAAAGGUGUCAAGCCCUGACUACCCUGAAAGAGACAGGGAAAAUGUGAUGGAGGACUUCCUGAAGAGAAUUGAGUGCUACAAAGUGACCUACCAACCCCUGGAUCCAGACAACUAUGACAAGGAUCUCUCGUUCAUCAAGGUGAUAAAUGUGGGCCAGCGAUUUCUGGUCAACAGAGUGCAGGAUUACAUCCAGAGCAAGAUAGUCUACUACCUCAUGAACAUCCACGUCCACCCUCGCACCAUCUACCUUUGCCGGCAUGGAGAGAGUGAAUUCAACCUCCUGGGCAAGAUUGGGGGUGACUCUGGCCUCUCAGUGCGGGGCAAGCAGUUUGCUCAGGCUCUGAGGAAUUUUCUGAAGGAGCAGGAGAUAGCAGACCUGAAGGUGUGGACAAGCCAGUUGAAGAGGACCAUCCAGACUGCUGAGUCUCUUGGGGUGACCUACGAGCAGUGGAAGAUCCUCAAUGAGAUUGACGCGGGUGUGUGCGAGGAGAUGACCUAUGAGGAGAUUGAGACACGGUACCCAGAGGAGUUUGCACUGCGAGAUCAAGAUAAAUAUCUGUACCGGUACCCAGGAGGCGAGUCAUACCAGGACCUGGUGCAGCGGCUGGAGCCUGUCAUCAUGGAGCUGGAACGGCAGGGCAAUGUCCUGGUCAUCUCUCACCAGGCUGUCAUGCGCUGUCUCCUGGCCUACUUCUUGGAUAAGGGUGCAGAUGAACUACCCUACCUGAAGUGCCCUCUCCAUACCAUCUUCAAGCUCACUCCUGUCGCCUAUGGGUGCAAAGUAGAAACAAUUAAACUGGAUGUGGAGGCUGUGGACACGCACCGUGACAAGCCCACUAACAAUCUCCCCAAGAACCAAACCCCUGUAAGGAUGAGAAGGAACAGCUUUACGCCUCUGUCCAGUUCGAAUACAAUAAGGCGUCCAAGAAAUUACAGUGUUGGGAGCCGGCCCCUCAAGCCCCUCAGCCCUCUUCGUGCCCUGGACGUGCAAGAAGGGGCCGACCAGCCGAAGACCCACGUGCUGCAAGGGUCAGCCCAGGCUGCAGAACACUUGCAGAAUGCUCUGGAGACUGUAAGACAACAUAGGGGGACAGUUGUCACUCUUUUCAUGGGUAGUGAUCCUGUUUUUCAUGCUCCAAGGAUGUGGUAAACAUCUUGUAUUUCAACGUGAAGAGCCCAGUGUAGAUCUUGGGUUCUGCAGGCUGGGUCUGGACGGAGGGCAGUCUCAAGCGCUCUCAAAACUUUCUUGGGUCACUUAUCUUUUUUCUUCUCUGGGUCUCAGCUUGUUGGCCUAUCCAAGCAAGUUCUCUUUCAAGGCCUAUGAGUCCCUGGGUCUCUUGGAAAGGAUAGUCAAGGGUCACCAUGGAGAUCUGAAGUGCCCAGGGGCAAGACCACAUUCUCCAAUGACUGUCAGCACAGCCUUCCUCUUGAGUUAAAAAAGUUUGAUGAUGAAUUUAAUUAUUGGGGGUAUGUUUUGUUCAUAAGGAGAAUCUAUCUCAAUUUCUAGAGGAGUUCUUGGCACUCCAUGGAGUCUGGCUCAUCAUUGCUUUGUUCAUUCACCUCUAUCCUUCAUAGAGUUAGGCAGGAAGUAUUUAAGCUCAGUUUCUUGGUGGUAAAUAACGGCUUAUGCUCAAUCCCAAUGUAGAAUACAGAAUGUAUGAUUGUGUGUAUAUUACACACAUGUGUAUGUACAUUUGUCUUGGAAGCAAAUCUAGAGUUCUCCUGAGAUUUUUUUAAAGAUAGGAGGACUCCUUACUUGAUAAAGUUAUGAAUUUGUGUUUUAGCAUGAGUUAGUGAUUUUCCAAGGAUGGUUAUAUUUGGUAAUAAAAGGCAUUGUCUUGGUUCUCACCCAGCUGUGUUCUUUAGAGUUCCCUGUAGAGCUUUGGAAACAGCUGUGUCUACCUGGGUCAGACCUCACUGUGACUCACAGCUUCUGGGUGGAUCCUGGAUGAGCAGUGUUGUGGUAGCUUUCCUGGUGACUGAUUUGUUGCCCAGGUUAGCAGCUCUGCCCUAACCACUUGGGUGGGAAAACACUUGGGUAAAGAAUCAGCCUCCAAGUUCUGAUGCUUCCUGGUUCGGAAGGAACAGUUCUUUUGAGGUAGAUGUUCGAGCAAUUGACAACUUGAAAUGAAUUCACCCCUUGAAGGCAGGCUGCUGCCUUUUAAAGGCUUGUUCUAGGCUCCUGUCCAAUCUUGAACCCUCUACUCUGUAGGAUGCUUAAUGCAGCCCUUGCAUUUGGAACUCCUCUGUUAAAUAAAUUUGGUUGAAAGCUGAGAGUUUUAAGCAUCUUGGAGAGAGACUCCAGUGAUGAAAGUUGUCAGCACAGGGAGCUGCCUGGUGCUCUUGAAUCUGUUACUUAGUUCCACAGCCAGUUUUCACAGUCAGCAAGGCUACAUCUUCCCUGAAAUUGUGCCCAAGACACAAAGUUACCUGUCCUCACAUUGUGUCUCUAGGAGUUUUCUUUUGGCUGUACACAGGUAGAAAAGGACCUUAUCUUGAAGAAGGGUA